AUGCAUCACUUACCACUUACAGCGGCAGCACAGUUGGCGGAGGUCGUGUCAGAAAAGCAAUGGCUUCACAUGUAAACAAGUACUUUAAUCCUUUCCAGUUUGUUACCAUGGAUGAAGUGCUUUGUGCCAAUGGUGUCACUGCAAUCUGUUCGAUGCUCUCUCUUUUGCGCUGGCCGAUGAAGAUGAAGGACUCUUACUUAUGCGACCCGUAUAUGGAAAAUUUGAGAAUGACUUCUCUAUCCAGUCAAGGUUAGAUGCUCACAUUGAAAGUCUUUUCUAGCUAACAACCUUCAGGCUGAAGAUGUUAUAUGUAGAGUCUGAAGGUAGGAAAUUCUUCGCCCCUGAUAUUGUCAAGUCAUACGAAUCCCGACUUGCUGAGGCUGAAGCGGAAGGUGUUAAUGUAAAAGCAUUGCUCUUGUGUAAUCCACACAAUCCAUCCGGACUGUGCUAUCCAGUCGAUACCUUGCUCGCUAUUCUACGUUUCUGCUCUUCUCAUGGACUGCAUGUAAUUAGUGACGAAAUCUACGCUCUAUCAACCUUCCCGACGACUCGUACAGCUGUAACUUUCAAGUCGGUCUUAUCUCUUGACCUGGCAGGCGUCAUUGAUCCUGGAUCUGUCCAUGUUUUGUACGGCAUGAGUAAAGACUUUGGAGUCCCAGGAUUACAUCUCGGAUCGCUCAUCACGAGAAACGAGCAGCUACAAUCUGCCUUCGAAGACAUCGGACUGAUUCACACACCAUCCGGGCUAUCAUACCAUGUUGGUUCGCUGAUACUUGAAGACAGCAAAUUCGUCGAAAAUGUCAUUGGACUCUCUCGCCAGAAACUGUCGGAGAACUACGCUCUUGUCACCCGUAUGUUAGAUGAAGCAGGAAUCGAAUAUUGGCGAGGGGGUUCGGCUGGAUUCUUUCUUUGGGUGAACGUAUCUGCUUUGCUAGAUGGUGAUGGAAGUGAUGCGGAAGAGAAAAUGGGUGAGAAGUUUCGGGCACAGGGUCUGUGGCUUAAUCCUGGAGUGGAGAGGGGGGAGCAUAGGGGUUGGGUUCGGGUAAUCAUUUCUCAUGAUAAGGUAAAGCUCGAGGAGGGUAUUCGCCGGUAAGUUCUAGCUGGCAUCGUUGUAUCAUAUGGAGCUGACAGAUGUAUAGACUGAUAAAGACUUGGAAGACUGUGCAACAUCAGGUAAAAGGGUACAUAGGACACCAUGAUAUUUAGGGAUUUGGGUAGGUGGUAAUGUUGGUGUGGAACUUGGUCUUCUGGAAUUUACACGACGGAACAAGCACAAAGUGACUAGGCAUAUCACUAACACAAAAUUCAGAAUCCAUGCAUAGAAUCCAGUGUGCUCCCUCCAUGA